AGGUUUGCUUGAGCCUUCCCAAAAAAAGCGGUGGCUUGGAACCGAUGUGGGUACCUGGAAAAACGAACAUUCUCCAACUGCUGGUCUCCAUACAGAAAAAGUUUUUGAACAGCAAUCCUAUAUUCAACGAACCUACGUAUGCAGUUAUGAGAGGCUCUCCUAAUGGAGAACAGGCUUCGUUCGCAUACAAUGAGAAAAUCUUAAUAAAAUCUCUCAAAACAAUGUUGUAUAUCCUGAACAAACCACCCAAGAACUUUGAGGAUUUUGUGGUGGGGCAUUUUCGCAAUCGUGCAUCUGAUAUUAUAUUGGCAUGUAGCAAGAAGGGCUGUUCAGCCGCGUUCAUUGAGGAUUUGGUUUUGUGCGUGAAGUUUGUUACCUCUGCAUUCAAGCAAACAGGGGCAUUGGAUCGGAGAGUCGUAAUGAUUGGAUUGAAGAAACAUGAAGUACACCUUGAGCUGAAAAACUAUGUUGUGUAUAAAUAGGUAAUGUACCCUUGGUAGGUGGUGCUUUCCAAACCAUAUAUAAGCGCUGGCUGCCCGGGCGCUAGUCUUGGAAGACCUUCUUUCCUGUUUUUUCUAGAUAUUUAAAUCUAGUCUAUUACUUGUACGAGAUUAAGUACCCGCGCGUUGCGGCGGUGAGAUGGUGGAGGUAAUAGCUAGGUCA